AUGUUUGUUACCAUAGAACACGGACUAUUCACUGCACAGAUGCCAGCUCACGAUAAUGUCUGGUUUCUGUCGGAUCGCACAUGUCUUGUACGACAUGUAGAAGCAAUACCUGAAGAAAUCAAAUUGCACCUCACACCAAAAACCACCAAAGCACAAGAGUUACUUUACCCACUGACCUCCUUACUGAUCGAUGAAAUCGCACAACCGUUACGGAAACUUCGACCAACACCUGAAGAAAUAGCCGCGUUGAAAGUGCUCAUGUUAAUGAAGCCGACAAUUAUCCGUGAAUCAGAAGGUGUUCCAUUAGCGAAUCCUGAUGAAUUGCGACUUUUGUCAGAUAUACGAGAUAAGGUCCUGAUGGGAUUACAUGCGUUCUAUAUCGCCUGUGGUGAAGAUAAUCCCGAAGAACGAUUGAGCGAUUUGCUUAUGCUCAGUGGAGGAGUUGCUGUACGUCUUCUUUGUUUACAACGAAUUUUUCAAACUAUUUUUAUUUACUCAUAA